GUGUAGUGUGUUUUAUUUGCUACACGCAGAUAAGCAGAAAGCACAAUGUGAUCCUGGCGGCAGAUGGGGCGAGAUGAAUUCACCUCUCGGAGAUUACCCGGUGUAGUUUCUGAGGUUGGAAAGUGUCGGCAGAGGAGAAUCUACGAGGGCUUGGCGUGUAGCGACCCGUGUCAGUAGAGGACGACGGGAGAUGCUGAAGAAUCCAUCCAAGGCACUACCUGACAAAGGGAAUAAUCCCCCUCACAAGGCGACAAGCCAACAAAUCAACGCUACUUCCGCUCAGGUGCAGGCCACCAACGAGGGAGCCAGCAUCCCUGUGGCUGCUACCAUACCGGUCAUUUCAGCCCCGGUGUUGCCUUUGGGUCUGAGCUCUGUCCCGACGGCCAGCGUGAUCAGUCCCUUCGUAACCCCCGUCCCUUCCGCUGGACCGAGGCUCCGGGCAAAGAGAGAAGCUGAGCAUGGUCACAAGCCCAAGCCGGUGCAAGUCAAGAAGGAAGAAGCACCGGGACCUAGCCGGCCGAGGCACCACUAUGACCCGGUCAUCCGAGUGGUCAAUACAGAAGAAUGCCAAGAAGUCCGGAAAGCACCGGUCAUUCCUCCAGAAAACCCUACCGGUCAAGUAGGGCGGCAGUGGUCGGGCACCUAUUGUUCGUACCACAGGUCUGAUUCCCAUAACACCUCCGAAUGCAAGAGUGUUAAAGGGGUCAUCCGGCAAAUGAUCGACAGUGGAGAGCUGGGCAAAGAUUACUUGCAGAAAGCACAGAAGAAGAGUCAUCAGUGGGUUAGGCCAGCUGCCCCAGGGAAUGACCGGGACAACGACCGGCGGAGGAAUAACCGGCCAAGGGAGCGGCAACCUGCUCCCGAAAAAGAGCACAUCGGCAUGAUCUUCGGCGGACCCGAGGGUGGAGAUUCAGCCGCGCAGCGGAAGAACUGGGUCCAGAGCAUUUACGUUGGAGAGGUAAGUGCUGAACUGCCCAGGCGUAAACAUACUAGGAGGGAGCCUAUCGUCUUUACUGACCGGGAUCUCCCUCCUACCGGUGAAGAUCACAAUGAUCCAUUGGUCAUCACCAUGGACAUUAAUGGGGUGGAUGUCGCUCGGGUACUUAUUGACACCAGCAGCAGUGUCAACAUCUUAUACCUGGAGACCUUCCAAAAACUCAGGUUGUGUCGAACACAACUUGAACCCCUCAAAACCCCUCUCUCAGGCUUCAUGGGGGACACCGUUGAAGCUAAAGGAUCCAUAGUUCUACCGGUCGAACUAGGAUCAGGUGAAAAGACCGUGUGGAAAAAGAUGCGGUUCAUAGUUGUGGACAUCAAAUGCGUCCACAACGCAAUUCUUGGAAGGCCAGGCAUCAAUAGAGUCGGGGCGGUGAUUUCCAUGCCUCACCUAUGCAUGAAAUUCCACACUCCGGGUGGUGUGGGUGAGGUGAAGGGCGACCAGAGGAACGCCCGGGAGUGCUAUGCCCGGGCAGUCAAGAAGAUGACCAAGGGGGUCAAUGUCAUCUCCCAAGAGAUCACAAAGGGAGAGACCCGGGAGAAAUUGGAGCCCGAGGCCGAGACGGUGGAAAUCGAACUUCACCCGGGUGAUUCUUCGAGGAUGGUCAGAAUUGGAGCAAAUCUCCCCGAGGAUCUCAAAGAGCAGAUUACACGGGUCCUCCAGGAAUACGCGGGCAUAUUCGCAUGGAGCGUGGCGGAUAUGCCCGGGAUAGAUCGCUCCGUUAUCUGCCACCGGUUGGCCGUGAGGGAGGGAAGUCGACCGGUACGCCAAAAGAAGUGGUACCUGGCCAGUGACCGGCGAGACUUCCUCAAGAAGGAAGUGAAAGACCUCCUCAAUGUUGACUUACCGGUCAACAAGCCCACUGAGCAAUGGUGGGAGAUGGCAGUUGAUGGGGCAUCCGGUCCUAGAGGAUACGGGGGUGGUAUCGUGUUCACCACCCCAGAAGGGUUCAAGAUCUACCAUGCAAUCGUCUUCAACUUCAAGCUGACGAACAAUGAGGCAGAAUAUGAAGCUCUGACUGGAGGGCUCAGACUUGCCCAAGCCCUGAAAAUCAGUCGGGGCUUCGAAGAAUUCAAGAUCGCCCAGGUUCCCCGGGCGGAGAACGCGGAUGCAGACCUUCUCUCCAAAUUGACGCAGUAUGCUCCCGAGCAUGUUUCGAAACAUGCCCGGGUAGAGAUCCUUGACCGUGCAAGCAUCGAGAAAUUGGAAGUCGCCGCUAUAACUGCCGGAAGCCAAUUUGACCGGUCAAACUUGGUCGGGGCGGACGACCAUUGGAUGUAUGAUCUGAUGGAAUAUUUGACGGAUGGGAGCUUGCCAGAACACGAUGACCGGGCAAGAAAAGUGAAGCUCAGGGCACCCCGAUUCCAGAUUCUUGAUGGAAAGCUGUAUAAAAGGGCAUUUGGGGGGCCACUCCUGAGAUGUCUAACCAUCCGGGAAGCUGAGCGAGUCAUAGCGGAAGUCCACGAAGGCGUAUGCGCGGCGCAUCAAAUGUCCCGUACGCUUUCCCAGCGCAUCAUCUUGUUGGGAUAUUACUGGCCAACAAUUGUCCAGGAUUGUGAAAGGUACGUCCAGAAAUGCAGGACGUGCCAAGUAUUCUAUAAGUAUCCCGGUAGACCGGCGACCUACUACCACCCCGUAUCGAAUGUCAUCCCAUUCGCUAGAUUCGGGGUUGAUAUCAUUGGAGCCUUCCCAGUCGCCCAAGGAGGGAAGAAGUUUGUAAUCGUAGCCAUCGAUUACUUCACCAAGUGGAUCGAGGCCGAAGCAUUGGCCAGCAUUACCACGCAACAAUGCAAGAAAUUCAUUUGGAAGAACAUCAUCACAAGGGAGAGCCGUGACCUUUUCUCUGCCGUGACCAAGCGCAUAGCCUACAGGCUACAGCAGAUUGCCCGCAUCUCUUUAUAGCCUACAGCCGCAAGUCUGUAACUCGUUAAUCGGCACCACCUUCGUAGCAAACUCGUCGUCAAUCAGGUCCUCCUUCGCCGGAAUCGUUUCUCGUCCCCUGCUUUUCGUUCUUGCCGGAGUCGCCGGCCCGUUGUCGCCGGAAUCCCUGGCCGCGGAGUGAGGAUUGCUGCUGACGGAAAUGGAAAAAAAACAGGGAGAAGCUGCUGCCUGCUGCCUGCUGCAGCCGCAUGUGAUUGACCCUUGGGUUAGAGAUAUUGAAGACCGAAUCAAGGGUGAUAAGGUGGAUGCCUUUGUGGAUCUGGUUAAUUCUAAAUUGCUAGAGGAGGAGACUCAUACCAUAGACUGUGAGCUUGACAUAGCCCAAAUUAUCAGGUGUAUUAAAUCCGAGUGCAUCUUUAAGUUGAUCUUUUUACUUUGUCUCACGGAACUGGUACACACAUUAUCUCUUCCUCUUCUGGUUUAAUUCAUCCAUAUAGCUGUGAUUUGUGCUUAUAUAUAUUACAUAUUCCAUGGUUGAAGCAAUUUUUGUUUGCACUCUUUUGAAAAUUUUCUGUCUUUGGUUGGAGUUGUGUUGGAGAACCAAUUCUUUGAUAAAUCUUUUUUACUUUAUUACCAUGUCAAAUUAGGGGUAAGGUAUGCAUACACACAACCUUCCUAGACACUACUUUCGUGGGAUUUCACUAGGUUGUUCUAACAUACUCCAUAUCAAAUUAGGAAUCACAUGCACAUUUUACUUGGAUGAAACAUGAGCCAAGAUUGCAACUUUUGGAUACAAUAGACACUAUAGUGACACCCCUUUAAUAACUUAGGUCAUGUUCUCCCCAACUUAUUUUUUUCACUUAUUAGUUAUUCUU